AGCAAGGCAGCUGAAUUCUAUCUGGUUGUUUUAUUUGUCGAAAUCUUGUGGCAUCCUUUCUAUGAUUUUCUGCAUUUGUAUUGCUACCAUGGGAUUAUUUGUACAUAUGUCUGCCACAGUAUAUGGUGGUAAAAGACUAGCAUUUCCAAACAAGAUUUUGUCUCCGGAUUCUGAUACUGGUAACAAAUUCUCAGUGAGCCAAGCUUUUACUUUAGCCUUUCUUUUUGACAGAUCGACUUCUAGUACAGGUGGUUGUUGACUUUCUGGCAGUUUGAUAUGUGGUGCUGGAGUCAAUUCUGUAAUACUGAUGAUUGCAUGGCCAAGAAUUAAGCUGGUUCUAAAUGUAUCUUCAUAAGAUAUCAAUAUAAUCAUACUGAAAAUUUAAAAACACAAGUUUUGUUAAAAGAGAAGUAAAUAUCAAAUAUUUAUCAAUAUAACUAUAUAAAGAAAUUAUAUGUAUUGAUAAGUUUUUUGGCGCGUUAUCAAUAAGAUCUUUCGGUCUGUGAAUAAGAAUAAUAGAACAAAAAAAAGGAUUACAACCUAUAGGUUAUAGGGUCAACGGCUUUGACAUAUCCUUGAAAGCAGCAAUUUUUCACAAGACGUACUUCAAUAUAUUUAUUCAAUAAACGCAGUAGAUUUUCAGGUUUUCUACAAAUUUCAGGGUAAUCAUAGCAUUGUUGCGCAGACAUGAUCUCAACAUUGAUAUCCGUUAUAUACUUAUUCCCAAUUUUUUGCCUUACUUAGCUUUGCCCAUGAGUAAAUAUGCAAUGAAAACAAUUAUGAUUUGAUGAAUUAAUCUAAGGAAAUUAUAAACUAUCUAAAUAUCUUCAAGUAUAUGAUUGUAAACAGCAGCUGUGCUGUAAAUAAACUUUUGACUUUGACAUUGACAACAGAAUAUUUGUCAUUUUCUUUUCGUACAUGUAUCGGAGAACCUUCAAUUUUAACUUUGCAUGCACAUAAACCUGUCACAAAAAAUGUUAUCAUGUUUAAUAUUUUUGUUAAUAAAAAGAACCUUAUUUUUUUUUAUUUUAAAGCUUACCUAUAUACAAGAAAUUCUAUUUAUAAAUAAAUCUAUAUUCAAAGUUUCAGACCGCCUACCCUGUAUCCAUCAGAAUGAUAUCAAUAGACUAGUUGUUGGCCGCGAACUUUGACCUAACGUACCUACGCAAACGGAUUUUUUUUUAUUCAAAAUCGUGUAUAUUUCAAAAACGAUUUACCUGUUUUUGAUGUCCUACGAAGUUAAGAAUUCUAUUGAUUUUUUUUUUCAAUUUCAUCACAUUCAGUUGAAAGUUAUUGCGUUACAAUUACAAAUAUACAUACAUACAAGAAUAAUGUUGUCGCCCCAAGUUCAUUGGUAGUCCUCACUCGCUUCGUUCGCUCAGCUUUCGCUCAAAAAAACGCGGUUUUAAAAUGUUUAUAUAUCUUGGGAACCGAGCUUUUCUCGAACCUAGGACCUUGAUAAAUCAAUUGCUUGAGCCGAAAUGCCCCUAAUCUGUAACUUUCAUUAAAAUCGUUGGAGCCGUUUCCGAGAUCCUGAUUAUAUACAUACAUACAUACAUACCGUCACGUCUAUAUCCCUUGCGGGGUAGACAGAGCCAACAGUCUUGAAAAGACUGAAUGGCCACGUUCAGCUAUUUGGCUUAACGAUAGAAUUGAGAUUCAACUAGUGACAGGUUGCUAGCCCAUCGCCUAAAAAAGAAUCCCAAGUUUGUAAGCCUAUCCCUUAGUCGCCUUUUACGACAUCCAUGGGAAAGAGAUGGAGUGGUCCUAUUCUUUUUUGUAUUAGUGCCGGGAACCACACUGCACCUGAUUAUAUAUAUACAAUAAAUUGCUCGUUUAAAUAUGUAUAUUAGAUGAUGGGUAUGAAAAAAAAGAGCGAUCAAUAAACUUUAUUUAAUGCUGGCAACACGACGUAAAAAUUCUAGGAAUAACCUCUUUCACUCAAAACAUUACAACAAAGAACUAAAACUUUUAUGUUCACGGCGUAAAGUUCAAUUUUAUACGAACUGCUACUAUUCCAUACAGCCAAUCAUUUGUUCUGUAGAUGUAGAUACGUAGAUUUGAGUUACUUUUGUUUUGUGUUUCGUGUCACAAACACUCCAUUACAAGUUCUUAUUUCAAUUCAUCAGAACAUUGAAGUGUUACAUUUUGCUUACGUCUAUUUCUUGGAUAUUUGAUUUCAUUGUUUCUUCCACUACGUGUAUGUUGUUUGUGCAGUUCCAGACAUAUAUACUUAAUUAGUAAGUAAAUAAAUUUUAUAUUGUGCAAUACGUUACCGGACAUGGAAUAAUGUUCCCUUUAUCUGCAUCUAAAAUGGCGUCAGCGAAAUCUAAUAGAAGGUUGGCUACGGCGGCUGUCGAGCUUCCUGAGUGCCCCAUUUGCUUGGAAACUAUGUCGGCGCCAAUAUUCCAAUGUCAAUCGGGACACAGUCUGUGUAACAUUUGUACCAGAGAGCUCUCUCCUCCAAUCUGCCCUAUGUGCCGUCAAUCCAUGACGCAGAUAAGGAACUGGCAACUUGAAGAAAUCAUUGCCAAAGCCAAGGUAGGCUGUCCUAAUAAGCCAGUGGGAUGCGUGUACACUAUGCUGAACAGCGACGUCGAAGAACACCUGAAGGAGUGCAUCUUUAGGGAAAUGGACUGCCCGCUUGGUGCAGUUUUCGGAAAAUGUUCCUGGAAAGGGCAAUUGAAAAUGAUGAUGGAUCACUUUAAAGAACGUCACCCUACCCACUGCAACAUUAGUUCUGAUAGCGACGUGGAGUUGGAUAACAUAAAAAUUUCUGAGGAUGAUCGUCACAUGUUCCUCUUUGCUCAAGGAAAACUUCUUUUCAUUAUAACUGUGAAAAUAGAUACGCUGCAGAAAAUGAUUUACUGGACCGUUCAGCAUAUUGGUGGCAAAAAAUCUGCUCAACAGCAUAUCUACGAGAUACAUGUCACUAGUAAGCAAGAUGCUCGCAGGAAGUCAGUGUUUACGGAACACUGCUUCAACGACGCUAUAAAAGCAGAUGAAGUAUUCCGCAUCGGAAAAUGCGCUGUUAUGCCCCUAGCAGUACUAAAUAACUUUAUAAAAGAUAAGAAAAUGUCGUUCCGUUUCUUCAUCAAAAGAAUGGCCCCAGUGCAAAAAGAAAGAUUUAACAAAGGAGAUGUAAGGAAAGAUGAAAAUAAUCCACCCGGACCAAGCAAAGGUCCGAAGGGGCCAAAAUCUGGAGGGUUUAACAAUGCGGGACCUAAUAAGGGUUCCAAAAAACCAACCAAAUCUUAAUUUUUUGUAACUAAAUUCUCUGCUUUAUUUGAACGUCAUUCAAGUUAUUUAUGUCAAGUUACAUAAAAUAUUUUUUGGUACUAUUCGUUGCUUACAAGCUACUACACUCUUGUAUUAUCUAUUUGAGAAAGGAUUUUAUAUAAUUAUCAUUUUAAGAUACACCUUGAACCUCAUCUCUGAAGCAGAUUUUAUUGUAAAUCAAAGAUGACGGUUUGGUCAGUAGUCUGUGUUAAUUUAACAGGAAAAAUGUAACGUUAACUCAUAAACAUAAGGAACUUUAUACUAUGAUUAAUUUGUCUUAUUAAUUUAAGAGGUAUUAACUAAGUUAAGGAGAAAAAUAUUUUGUGUCCAUGUAAAAAUUACUUUAUACUUACGUGCUCAAAUUUGAUCGAUCAAAAAUAAUCCCUAGAAUGCUUCUAGAUCGUUUUCUUUUUGUUUAUGGGUAACCGUCGUUUGUUAGAGACGUCAUUUGUUAGUUAGGAUUAUGAGUUUUUUCCGUCUCCAACUACAAGUGAUGGUCACUAAAGUUUAUCCUUAUUAUAAUCUGAAUAAUUUGUAAUUUAAAGGGACUAUGUUGUAUUGUUAUUUUAUGUUUGGUCAAAUGAGUGGUAAUAUUUCAAUGAUGCCGUAAUAGUACUCAAUAGAUACUUUUUAACAACAGUUAACAAGAACUCUUUAACGUUUCAAGGUAAUAUUUUGCCGAAUAUUGAGUUACAUUUACGGAAAAUUGAAGAUUUUACUUUCAUUAUGGAUCUAACAAUAACAUUCGACGUAGAACCAUUAUGCUAUAUCUAAAGGUGAUUUGAAUAGCUGUUUGGAUGUGCUUUUUUUUUUCAAAUGAGCGCAUACCUACCUACCUUUUUGUUAUUAGUGCUGAGCCGUUUUUAUUCAGUUAUCCUUAUUAUUAUAACAAGCAAUUUCUUAUCAGCCAAAAACUGCGGCGGCGGAGGUACUUACCAUAUACAAGGCAAUUAUUUCAAUGAUCCAUGGUAUAUCGCCAUCCCCACUGACGGAUUUUUCCAUAAAAAUUUAUUUUAUUUUGUUUUGGUUACUCCUAAACGAUACAUUGUAGACUAGAUAAGUAAAUAAAAAUAUAUGAUCAAGUA